AUGAAGACUCAAGCCUCUUUUCUUCUGGCUAUGGCCACCCUCGCCGGACUCGCCAAGGCCGGCUGGGAGACGCCCACUGGCAGCCUCAGCUGGGACACGCUGUGCGGUCGGGGCGACCCCAAUGUUUCCCACGUCUGCUUUGUCUCUUCUCAGGACGUCAGCGGUAUCACGAUCAACACGAGAUUCCAUGGCUUCUACCUGGCCGACAACAACUUUGUCAUCUACGAAUCCGGCGCUAACACGGCCUUCUACUCGACCGAGCGCUUCCAGAUCACAGUCAACUUUGACGCCGAUGUUCCGGGCAAGCAGCACUGCGCCGCUUACGAUGUCGUCGGCGUCGCUGACCCGAGCAAGUCGCAGAACGGCAUCUACUGCCCUGGUCAGGGUGCUGUCAACAUCGGCUAG